UCGCCUUCCCGGCGUGCAGCGCGGCGCCCGUCCCCGCCGGGCCGCCAUGUUGUCGUAGUGAAAGGCAGGGGGAGAGGCAGGCGGCGAGCGGCCUGGGGGGGGCCGGCAUCCGUCUUCAUCCUACCGCUCCGCCCGUGUUGGUGGAAUGAGCGUUGCGUGUGUUUUGAAGAGAAAAGCAGUACUCUGGCAGGACUCCUUCAGCCCCCACCUGAAACAGCACGCUCAAGAUACAGCUAAUCCCAACAUGCCUGUUGUAUUGACAUCUGGAACAGGGUCCCAGGCUCAGCAACAGCCGGCUGCCAACCAGGCGCUCGCGGCGGGGACGCACUCCAGCCCCGUCCCCGGAUCCAUAGGGGUGGCCGGCCGCUCGCAGGACGACGCCAUGGUGGAUUACUUCUUCCAGAGGCAGCAUGGUGAGCAGCUUGGGGGAGGAGGAAGUGGUGGAGGCGGCUAUAAUAACAGCAAACAUCGCUGGCCUACUGGGGAUAACAUUCAUGCAGAACAUCAGGUGCGUUCCAUGGAUGAACUGAAUCAUGAUUUUCAAGCGCUCGCUCUGGAGGGCCGGGCGAUGGGAGAGCAGCUGUUGCCGGGUAAAAAGUUUUGGGAAUCUGAUGAUUCCAGCAAAGAUGGACCAAAAGGGAUAUUUCUGGGAGAUCAGUGGAGAGACAGUGCUUGGGGAACAUCAGAUCACUCUGUUUCCCAACCGAUUAUGGUUCAGAGAAGACCUGGGCAGGGCUUUCAUGUGAAUAGUGAAGUCAACUCUGUGCUUUCGCCGCGGUCGGAGAGCGGCGGCCUGGGCGUUAGCAUGGUGGAGUAUGUGCUGAGCUCCUCCCCCGGGGACUCCUGCCUGAGGAAAGGAGGAUUUGGGCCAAGGGAUGCAGAGAGCGAUGAGAAUGAGAAGGGGGAUAAGAAAAAUAAGGGCACAUUUGAUGGCGAUAAAUUAGGAGAUCUGAAGGAGGAGGGGGAUGUGAUGGAUAAAACAAAUGGUUUGCCCGUGCAGAACGGAAUUGACGCAGAUGUCAAAGACUUCAGCCGCACGCCUGGGAACUGCCAGAACUCUGCCAGUGAGGUGGAUCUGCUGGGGCCAAACCAGAACGGCUCGGAGGGCUUAGCCCAGCUGGCGAGUACCAACGGUGCCAAGCCAGUAGAGGAUUUCUCCAACAUGGAGUCGCAGAGCGUCCCCCUGGACCCCAUGGAGCACGUUGGCAUGGAGCCUCUCCAGUUCGAUUACUCCGGCACUCAAGUACCCGUGGACUCGGCCGCCGCCACCGUGGGGCUCUUCGAUUACAAUUCCCAGCAGCAGCUGUUCCAAAGACCCAAUGCCCUGGCUGUUCAGCAGCUGACGGCGGCGCAGCAGCAGCAAUACGCCUUGGCAGCCGCCCACCAGCCCCACAUAGGUAUGUUUUCAGCAGGUUUAGCUCCUGCUGCCUUCGUCCCCAACCCCUACAUCAUCAGCGCCGCUCCGCCGGGAACGGACCCCUACGCAGCCGGGCUCGCCGCCGCCGCCACGUUAGGUCCUGCCGUGGUCCCUCACCAGUACUACGGCGUCACGCCCUGGGGAGUGUACCCCGCCAGCCUCUUCCAGCAGCAAGCGGCCGCCGCCGCCGCCGCCACCAACUCUGCCAACCAGCAGACCACCCAGCAAACCCAGCAGGGCCAGCAGCAGGUGCUGCGUGGAGGAGCCAGCCAGCGUCCUCUGACCCCCAACCAGAACCAGCAGGGCCAGCAGACGGACCCACUGGUGGCCGCCGCCGCCGUCAACUCAGCCCUGGCCUUCGGGCAGGGGCUGGCAGCGGGGAUGCCAGGGUACCCAGUGCUGGCUCCUGCUGCUUACUACGACCAAACCGGUGCUCUGGUGGUGAACGCGGGGGCCAGGAACGGCCUGGGGGCCCCCGUGCGCCUGGUCGCCCCCGCUCCCGUCAUCAUCAGCUCCUCCGCGGCACAGGCAGCGGUUGCAGCGGCUGCAGCUUCGGCCAACGGCGCGGCGGGCGGGCUGGCAGGAACGACGAACGGACCAUUCCGCCCUUUAGGAACUCAGCAGCCCCAGCCCCAGCCCCAGCAGCAGCCCACCAACAACCUGGCCUCCAGCUCCUUCUACGGCAACAACUCUCUCAGCAGCAAUUCCCAGAGCAGCUCCCUCUUCUCCCAGGGCUCUGCCCAACCGGCCAACACUUCCCUGGGCUUCGGGAGCAGCAGCUCCCUGGGUGCCACGCUGGGCUCUGCGCUGGGGGGGUUUGGGACAGCAGUUGCCAACUCCAACACGGGCAGCGGCUCGCGCCGAGACUCCCUCACGGGGAGCAGUGACCUCUACAAGAGGACGUCCAGCAGUUUGACGCCGAUAGGACACAGUUUUUAUAACGGCCUGGGCUUCUCCUCCUCUCCCGGCCCCGUGGGGAUGCCUCUGCCCAGCCAAGGACCCGGCCACUCCCAGACUCCACCGCCCUCCUUGUCUUCACACGGAUCAUCUUCCAGUUUAAACCUGGGGGGGCUGACGAACGGCAGUGGCCGUUACAUCUCGGCGGCUCCGGGAGCGGAGGCCAAGUACCGCAGCGCCAGCAGCGCCUCCAGCCUCUUCAGCCCCAGCAGCACCCUCUUCCCCUCCUCCCGCCUGCGCUACGGCAUGUCCGACGUGAUGCCCUCGGGCCGCAGCCGGCUCCUGGAGGACUUCCGCAAUAACCGCUACCCCAACCUGCAGCUGAGGGAGAUCGCCGGGCACAUCAUGGAGUUCUCCCAAGACCAGCACGGAUCCAGGUUUAUUCAACUGAAGCUGGAGCGUGCGACCCCAGCAGAACGGCAGCUUGUCUUCAACGAGAUCCUCCAGGCAGCUUAUCAGUUGAUGGUCGAUGUGUUUGGAAAUUAUGUCAUCCAGAAGUUCUUUGAAUUUGGCAGCCUGGAGCAGAAGCUGGCCUUGGCAGAGCGGAUCCGUGGGCACGUGCUGUCGCUGGCCCUGCAGAUGUACGGCUGCCGGGUGAUCCAGAAGGCCCUGGAGUUCAUUCCCCCAGACCAGCAGGUAAUUAACGAGAUGGUACGGGAGCUGGACGGCCACGUCCUCAAGUGUGUGAAAGACCAGAACGGUAACCACGUGGUGCAGAAGUGUAUCGAGUGUGUGCAGCCUCAGUCCCUGCAGUUCAUCAUCGACGCGUUUAAGGGACAGGUUUUCGCCUUGUCCACACAUCCCUACGGCUGCCGCGUCAUCCAGAGGAUCCUGGAGCACUGUCUUCCCGAGCAGACCCUGCCCAUCCUGGAGGAACUUCACCAACACACCGAGCAGCUCGUUCAGGACCAGUACGGGAACUACGUUAUCCAGCACGUCCUGGAGCACGGCCGGCCCGAGGAUAAGAGCAAGAUCGUAGCAGAAAUCAGAGGCAACGUGCUCGUGUUGAGUCAACAUAAAUUUGCCAGCAACGUGGUGGAGAAGUGCGUGACCCACGCGUCGCGCACGGAGCGGGCCAUGCUGAUCGACGAGGUGUGCACUAUGAACGACGGCCCCCACAGUGCCUUAUACACCAUGAUGAAGGAUCAAUACGCCAACUACGUGGUGCAGAAGAUGAUCGACGUGGCGGAGCCGGCGCAGCGCAAGAUUGUCAUGCACAAGAUCCGGCCUCACAUCGCCACCCUGCGCAAGUACACCUACGGCAAACACAUCUUGGCCAAGCUGGAGAAGUACUACAUGAAGAACGGGGUGGACCUGGGCCCCAUCUGUGGGCCCCCCAACGGCAUCAUCUGAAGCAGCGAGGUGGGGAGGGGGCAUCCCACGGCCCGGCCCACGCCCACAACCAGCGACCCACGAGAUCCCAACAAACAGAUGGAGAAACCCUUUCCUGGUUGUGAAACUGCUCAGAAAAUGGGAAAGAAAAAAAAAAAAAAAAGAAGAAAAAAGCCUUUGUAAAUUUCUUUAAUUUUAUUAUGCAUAACAUGUACUAAUUAUUUUUUUUAAUUAACUAAUUGCCCUGCUGUUUUACUGGUGUAUAGAAUACUUGUACAUAGGUAUCAAAUGUACAUGGAAAGGCCACAUUUUUGUUCACUGUUGUAUCUAUAUUCCAAAUGUGGAGACUUUUCAGGGUGGUUGGUUUGAAGAAAACAAACAAAGAACCCAAACAGGGAAGGAAAAAACAAAAAAAAGUUUUUAAUUCUUCUGCCUCGCGGGCAACUUUUUUGCAAAUACCUGGUGGGUUUUUUUUUCUCCUUUUAGUCAAAAGUUGGCAAGAAGUUUGAAUUUUAGUUAAAUGGCACAAAUUUAACGCUGUUUAUAAAUAUAUUAAAAAAAAGAAAAAUUCAACUUGCUGAAGCUUCGGUUUAACAGAAAAAAAAAAAAGAGAAUUAAGGUUUUGAAACUUUUUAAUUUUUUUUUUUUUUUUUUUUUUUUUUUUGGGAGAUAGAACAUGCUAAAGGAGGUGGUGGCUGCUCUUUUGCUGUCGUUUUGGGGAGGAAAACGUCCAAACACACACCCCCCAAACACCCCCCAGAGUUUUUAAAGCCAAGGAGGGGGGGUCGGUUCCCUGCCCACCCCCCUCCUUAACGAGGGACACGAGUUGAUUAUUUAGCAUGAGGAAAAAAAAAAGAAAAAAAGAAAAAAAGAAAUACAAAGCAAAAAUAAACCCAACUCGGCUUUGGUCUUGCUUCUAUAAAUAUCUAGUGUAUACUUGGUGUAGACUUUACAUAUAUAAAAAAACAAAAAUUUGUAGUAUUUUCUUGUUUUGAUGUCUGAUCUGUAUCUAUAAUGUACCCUAGUAGUGGAACAUACUUCUGACUGUACAAUUGUACAUUUGUAAACCUCUGUAAUGUAAAUGUGGAGAAGUUUGAAUCGACAUUAAAAAAAAAAAACCCGUUUUUUUGGUAAAGAAAAGAAAAAAAAAAAAAGAAUUAGCAAAACCUGUGCAUUUCAGUGUAUAUUCACACCUUUUAUGGUCGUAGCAUAUAGUGUUGUAUAUUGUAAAUUGUAAUUUCAACCAGAAGUAAAUUUUUUCUUUGGAAGGAAAUGUUCUCUUUAUACAGCCUAGUUAAUGUUUAAAAAAAAAAAAAAAAAAA